AUGAAUGAAGAGAUGUAUUGGGAAAAAUUAAUAAAUGUGAACGAGGACUUGAGAUAUGAAAUUGGCGAACUAAAUAAUAAACUAAUAGAAGAAUCAGUCAAAAGUGAAAGCCUUGCUAUCGAAAUCUCAAUGCUAAGAAGCCAGCUUGAGUAUCAAAUGAAAUUUAAGCCAAACAGCACAGAAAUCGAGGAUCUCAAAAGAAAAAAUGAUUUGUUGCAGGCACAAUUGAAAAGUAUAGAAAAUGAUCAUUUAGAAUGCGCGCGGUUUUUAGAAGAAAAUUGUAUAUUGAAAGAAGAAAUAUUGAAACUAAAAGAAGAGAUACAAAAAAAAAAUUGUUUGUUAAAUGAUCAAAUUUAUGAUAAUAAGAAGAUAAAGCUAUUGGAAGAUACUGCUCAUUUAAUAAACCAAAAAUUAUUAGCACUUGAACUUAUUGAUAACUGCGAAAUGAAAGAAAAAGUAUUCAGUGAUCUAGCUAUGAAUUCUAAUAAAUUAAUUCAAACGGUAAAAAACAAAAACAAAGAAAUUAGAGAAAAAAAUAUAAAAAUCGAAGAGCUAUCAAUUGAAAGAGAUCUUCUCUUUAAUGAAAAUUCGAGUUUAAACAGUUCUCUGUCAAGAAGAAGUACUCCUUUGCGAGAAAAUAGAUCUAGGAUUGAUAGACUUGAAAAGCAAUGUGAAGAAAGAUUAAGAUUAAUUCUAGCGAGUCACUGAGGUUUAUUUCAGGCACUAACAUCACAAUUUAGCUUCACACUCAGAUGGUGCUAGACACUGACUUCAACUAACGCCCCUUUUUACAGUCAACGUCACCAAAAAUGGUGAAGUCAGGGCAGAAUCACCCGCUCAGAUCUUGAUCCUUGACCAACUAUUAAUAACCGCCUACCGUCAUUAGGACUUAAUGUAUUGCCUAAUCGCCAAAAGUCUCCUUCUUGGUCUACCUCACCCUAUUGCAGACUAAAGAUCACCUGAAAGGAUGCUGCGCCUCGGUCUCUGGGCCGAGGAAAAAAGGUAGCACCAAAAAACACACCUCCGAGAAUUAUUGCAAUGAGAUCACCACUUCAGGGCUGAAUCAACUCACAGGACACCAAAGACCUAACUCUGCUCACCAUUUUAAUAAUUCCAUGAAGAAAAGGAUGAAAAAAGGGUACUUAUAGAAAAUUUGUAUCAGAAAACGUUAAAAAAAUUAGAGCAGAUUGAGUACGAGCUCGAAAAUACAAACAAGAUUAACCACGAUCUUCAAGAUAAACUACGGGUUUUAAAUAAUCUUUGCAGCAAACAACAAGAGACUUUAUCAAUUUCUGAAUGUAAUGAAGAAAAAUUAUUAACUCUUUCCUUUAAUUAUAGGUUCAUUAGCUAGCACUAAAUUAUGCCAUUUACAUUAAUACAAUAUAAGCAUUCCUAAUGAUAACUAUAAUCCUAUUUUCAUAUCAUAAAUAGGAGAUAACUAAUCGUAGAAAUGUUUUAUUUAUAGUGACUAGGUAUAUAUAGCGCUUUCCCGAGGAUGGCGCGGAAUGGCGCCAUCCUCGGGAAAGUCAACUAAGCAUCCACACGUGGAACUCCCAGCUCCCGUGUGGAUGCCUUCCUGCUUUUCCCGAGGAUGGCGCCAUUCCGCGCCAUCCUCGGGAAAGCGCUAUAUUUUUUAUAGGAAUUUUAUAUAAUAGCCUUGAUAUUCCAUAUUUAAAAAUCAUUCUAAUUUUGCUGGAAGCUCAUAUCAUUAAAGAGCCUUUAAUUUAGUUUUUAUUUUGUAAUUAAUAAUAGGGUAAGAAAAUUAGAAAAAUAUAAAUCAUUGCUAAUUAGCAAAGAAAAACAAUUUUCUGAGCUUUGUUUAGAAAAAAUAAAUCUGGAAAAUAAAGAAAAAAUUGGCAUAAAAGCUCAAGAAGACAUAGAGAAGCUAAAAAACCAAAUAAUUGAAUUGAAAAACAGCCACUUAAAAAAUCUAAAAAUUAAAGAGGAUAUAAUUUUAGAAUUGGCAAAAGCAAACAAGGCAAGUCUAAAUGAAAUUCAAGUUUUAAAAGCCAAGGCCAGUAAUUAUAAGCAAGAUAUUGAGCUAAAAGAUAAAAAAAUAUCUCAAAUAGAAUAUGAUUAUAAUAUUUCAUUAGAGAAUUCGAAAAGCCACAACGAAAAUUUUAAAAUAUUGGAAGAGAAAUUAAGGCAAGAAAUAAAAGAGAAAAAUGAAAUGUCUAUUGAAAUGCAAAAACUUAAUACACAGCUUGAUGAAAGUAUCAAAAAAUAUAAUGAAAAUUUAAGCAUUAAUGAAGAUAUGAAAUUACUCAAUAUUCAACUAGAUAAAAGAGUCUCUGAAGCCACUGAGAAAUAUCAUAAAGUCAAUCAAGAAUUAAGUAAAUAUUUUGAAAAAUAUAAUAACAGUUUAGAGACUAUUAAGUCAAUGAAAAAUCAAAAAUCAAAGCUAAAUGAAGAGCUAUCUGAACUUAGAAAAGAAAUAAUAAGUCUCAAAAAUCAAUUAGAAAUAUCUGAAUCAAUAAAGAAUAAUUUAGAAAAAAAAUAUGAACUUUAUAAGCAAUCAUCACUUAAAGUCAUUGAAGGUCAAAAACAAAAUAUCACUAAUUUGGAGACUGAAAUAAAUAAUUUAAGACAAAAUAUCAAUGAAAUAAAAGAAGAAUCCAUUAAAAAAAUAGAUAAAUUGCAAGAUAUAAUAAAUGACCAACAACAUGUAAUUUUAAAAUAGAAAAAUAUAGAAGCAAUCCUUGCAAAAAAAAGGGAAAAAAUAUUAAAGCUUAAAGAAAAAAUAAUUGAGGUAAAUAACUCAAAUAAAGAAUUGUUUGCAAGUGUACAACAACUUAAAGAUUUUUUGCAAAAUCAAAUUGUUUUUGAAGAUUCAGUAGAAGAAGAUGAAGAAGGUGGUAAAAAAGAAAUUGAGAGAGAAUUUAUGUUAUUAAAAGAAAAAUAUUCAAGUUUGGCUAAAGAUUAUGAUGAUUUAUACAAAAAACUUGAAGCUUUAACAGAGGAAAAUAAAAAUUUAAAGGAAGUAAUUAAUGAAAAAGAGCGAAAGCUGAAUGAAUGAAAUUUUGUAAUGAAAUCAAUGAACAAAAGAUUUUAA